GGGACCUACAGGUACAUUCACUCAGCCAGGGACAUAAUUCAGGACUCUCAACAGAGAACGCAUACAUCAUAGGUUGUCAUCGAUAAUGCGAUAAGCUCACGAUCCCCAAGAUGGAAGAUUUCCGACCUAUUUCGUCAUCGCUCCCUCUUCAACUACCAAGCACGAAGGCAGGCGGCAUGCUUUAAAAGAGAAGGAGCGGGUUGGACAUCUCUUGGGUCCAUCACAUUACUUUCGAACGACAAUCAAGACACUUUCCACUCCAAUCCAUCAACCCAAACCAACGAACACAACAAGCAACAAUGUCCGGCGUUACCCAAGGUGUCAAGGAAUUCUUUUCUAAGUCUAGCAAGCCCGAAACCACUGAAGUCUGCACAGACACCGCCCCUGAGGUCGUUCAGGAGCAUAUCAGGCCUCAAGAACAUGUUGAGACCGCUGAAGCCGUCGACCGCGAGCGACAUGUUCACCACCUCCAACACCGACUCCAACCCGUUGAGGACAAGCAGACCCUCAACGCCAAGCAUAUCAACACCACCGAGCCUGUGAUCACCCGAGAACACAAGGAGGAAAUGCGUCCUGAACACCAGGAGGCUCUUGCCAAGCAGAGGAACUUGGCUCGCGACACCCGAUCUACUGGUGAGGUCGAGAAGAGCGGAGCGCAUGUGGGUACUGCUGUCAAUGAGCACCAACACCACCACAUCCACGAGACCGUCCAACCUGUUGUUCAACGCGAGACUGUUGAUCCCACCGUUGUCCACAAGACCGAGGCCAUCCAUGAGAAGGUUGAGGACGCACCUAUUGUCCACGAAGUCACUACCCUCCCCACCAUCUCAGCUGACAAGUACGCUAAGAACAAGUCUUCCAUCGAGGGCGAGGGUGACCACUGCAGUACUUUCGAGGGUGCCCCUCAGGUUGCUGGCCAGUCUUCCGGCGUAUCUGCUAAGAACACCGCCGCCGACGCCACUUCCACGGGUCGCCAUCAGUCCAGCAAGACCCAGGCUCUUUAAAAGAAUGUGUAGUAGUUUAUGGUAUCUGAAGGUUAAAGCUUCCAUCUCUUAUAUUGUAGCAAAUAGUAAAAUACAAUGAUAAAUGCAAAUACUUCG